AUGGGCCAUUACGUUACUAUUGCCACUUGUAACCUUAACCAAUGGGCAUUGGAUUUUGAAGGUAAUCGUGAUCGUAUCAUCCAAAGUAUUAUUGAUGCUAAAAAACAAGGUGCUCAAUUAAGAGUAGGUCCGGAAUUAGAAGUAUGUGGGUAUGGUUGUUUGGAUCAUUUUUCAGAAAAUGAUGUUUAUGAUCAUUCUUGGGAGGUUUAUGGUGAAAUAUUGAAACAUCCAGAUACCCAGGGAAUUGUUUUAGAUAUCGGUAUUCCAAUCAUUCAUAAAUCAAUUAAAUAUAAUUGUAGAGUCAUAUCUUAUAACGGAGAGAUUUUACUUAUUAGACCAAAAAUAUAUUUAGCUAACGAUGGGAACUAUAGAGAAAUGAGAUACUUCACUCCCUGGAAUAGAAAGUAUUAUCAUGAACUUUACCAAUUACCUAAAUUAAUUCAAGAAAUAACUGGUCAAUCCAGAGUUGUUAUUGGUGAUUGUGUUAUUGAGACUUUGGAAACUAAAUUAGGUCCAGAAACUUGUGAAGAAUUAUUCACUCCUGAAUCUCCUCAUAUCACUAUGGCUUUAGAUGGGGUUGAAAUCUUUACUAAUUCAUCUGGUUCUCAUCAUGAGUUACGAAAAUUAGAUACCAGAUUACAAUUAAUUACUGAAGCUACCAAAAAAUGUGGGGGUGUUUACCUUUAUGCUAAUCAAAAGGGAUGUGAUGGUGAUAGAUUAUACUAUGAUGGCUGUGCUUGUAUCGUAGUUAAUGGUGAAAUGGUUGCACAGGGAAGUCAAUUUUCUCUUUCUGAUGUCGAAGUUGUUUCUGCAACUAUCGACUUAGAUGAUGUUAGAUCUUACAGAAAUCAAAAAUCAGCAGCUAUACAAACUGUUAAUAAAACUCAAACUUACCAUAGUAUCGAAACUAAAAUUGAAUUAUCCCCAAGCUCACUUGUAUUUGAUCCUUUGGUCAAACCAACAAAACCUAUUCCUAUCAAAUACCAUCUUCCACAAGAAGAAAUCGCAUUGGGUCCUGCUUGCUGGCUUUGGGAUUACUUGAGAAGAUCAAAAUGCGCCGGGUUCUUCCUCCCGCUUAGUGGUGGUAUUGAUUCAUGUGCAACUGCAGUCAUUGUCCAUUCAAUGUGUAGAUUGGUCGUUGCAUCAAUUAAAGACGGCAAUGAACAAGUUUUAAAGGAUGUUCAAAUGCUUACCCAUGAAAGUGACUUCAUUCCAAAGACUCCCCAAGAAGUUGCUGCUAGAUUAUUUUAUACUAGUUUCAUGGGUACUGUGAAUUCUUCUAUUGAUACAAGAUCUAGAGCUAAAGAACUCUCGGAAAAAGUCGGCUCCUAUCACAUAGAUAUGAAUAUGGAUACUUUAGUUACAGCAGUAGUUAAUGUUUUUGAAGUUGCAACAGGUAAAAAACCAAUUUUCAAAAUUUUUGGGGGUUCAGUGACGGAAAAUUUAGCAUUACAAAAUAUCCAAGCUAGAUUGAGAAUGGUAUUAAGUUACUUAUUUGCUCAAUUAUUACCUUGGACAAGAAAUAAGCAAGGUGGUUUACUCGUCCUCGGUAGCGCUAAUGUUGACGAAUGUUUGAGAGGUUACUUGACAAAAUAUGAUUGUUCUAGUGCUGAUAUCAAUCCAAUUGGUGGGAUUUCAAAAACCGAUUUGAAAGCAUUUAUAGCUUGGGCAAAAACCAGUUUUGACAUACCGAACUUAGAAGAAUUCUUGACCGCUACUCCAACUGCCGAAUUAGAACCAAUCACUGAAAAUUAUGUUCAAAGUGAUGAAAUCGAUAUGGGUAUGACUUAUGAUGAAUUAUCAAGGUUUGGUAGAUUGAGAAAAGUGGAUAAGUGUGGUCCUUUAGGAAUGUUUAUAAAAUUAUAUCACGAGUGGUCUCAAGCACCAUAUAACUAUUCUGCUGAAGUCAUUGCUGAAAAAGUUAAAAGAUUUUGGUUUUUCUAUGCUAUUAAUAGACAUAAAAUGACUACAAUGACUCCAGCUUACCAUGCAGAACAAUACUCUCCAGAUGAUAAUAGAUUUGAUUUGAGACCGUUCUUGAUUAAUCCGAGAUUCCCAUUUGCAAGUAAAAAGAUUGACCAAAUCGUAGAAAAAAUUAAUGCAAGAGAGAAAGAAAUUAAAGAAAGUAAUAUUAGUGUUGAUUAA